AUGACUCCUCAGACAACCCUAGCCGGCCUCCCACCUACCGACUCGCUGGACAAGGACCAAUUCUCCUGGGAAGACGUGGUCCCCGCCGGCGCUGAGCCAUCCUUUUGGGCAGCCCUUGGCAACCAGCAGCCCAACGCCGUUGCCGACAAAACUAGCCAAAAUCUACGUCUUGCCAGACCUGACGACGACCCAUCUCAAGUCACACUGCCCGGUGCAAUCCCUAUCCCCCGCGCCUCACAAAGACGCUACAGCGAAUCAGACAUCUGGGGAGCCUCAAUCCCUCCCGCUUCCUACGGCUGA